AUGGUAGAAAGUGGUGCCGGGACUGGAUGAACUGUUUAUCCUCCUUUAUCUUCUAAUUUAGCUCAUACUGGAGCUUCUGUUGAUCUAUCAAUUUUUUCUUUACAUCUAGCAGGUAUUUCUUCAAUUUUAGGAGCAGUAAAUUUUAUUACUACUGUUAUUAAUAUACGAUCUACAGGAAUUACUUUAGAUCGAAUACCUUUAUUUGUAUGAUCCGUAGUAAUUACAGCUAUUUUACUACUUCUUUCUUUACCUGUUCUAGCAGGAGCAAUUACUAUAUUAUUAACUGAUCGAAAUCUUAAUACUUCUUUUUUUGACCCUAUUGGAGGAGGAGAUCCUAUUUUAUACCAACAUUUAUUUUGAUUUUUUGGACAUCCAGAAGUUUAUAUUUUAAUUCUCCCUGGAUUUGGAAUAAUUUCUCAUAUUAUUACUCAAGAAAGAGGAAAAAAGGAAACUUUUGGUACAUUAGGAAUAAUUUAUGCAAUAUUAGCUAUUGGAUUAUUAGGAUUUAUUGUUUGAGCACACCAUAUAUUUACUGUAGGAAUAGAUGUUGAUACUCGAGCUUAUUUUACAUCUGCUACUAUAAUUAUUGCAGUACCUACAGGAAUUAAAAUUUUUAGUUGGCUAGCUACUUUACAUGGAACACAAUUAAAUUAUAGACCUGCUUUACUUUGAGCUUUAGGAUUCGUAUUUUUAUUUACCGUAGGAGGAUUAACAGGAGUAAUUUUAGCUAAUUCUUCAAUUGAUAUUAUUUUACAUGACACUUAUUAUGUAGUAGCUCAUUUUCAUUAUGUUUUAUCCAUAGGAGCAGUAUUUGCUAUUAUAAGAGGUUUUAUUCAUUGAUAUCCCUUAUUAACUGGAUUAACCAUAAAUCCUUCAUGAUUAAAAAUUCAAUUUUCUAUAAUAUUUAUUGGAGUAAAUUACUUUUUUCCCCAACAUUUUUUAGGCCUUGCAGGAAUACCUCGACGAUAUUCUGAUUUUCCAGAUAGUUAUCUUUCAUGAAAUAUUAUUUCUUCAUUAGGAAGAACUAUUUCUUUAUUUGCAAUUUUAUUUUUCCUUUUUAUUAUCUGAGAAAGAAUAAUUUCCCAACGAACUCCAUCUUUCCCUAUACAAUUAUCUUCAUCUAUUGAAUGAUAUCACACAAUACCCCCAAUAGAACAUUCUUAUUCAGAACUUCCUUUACUUUCUUCUAAUU